AUGUCUGGGACCAAACCACCCUGUGAGGAGCUGUGGGACUCUGAUCCAGAGGACACAUCAAGGGAGCUGACGAAGGUGGUGUGUCUGGAGACAGACCUGCAGGAUGGACAGAUGAUGGAGGUUGAAGUGGGACAUCACAGCGUGCUGUUGACACGCAGUGAAGGCAAAUACAGUGCCAUUGGUAACCAGUGUACACAUUAUGGAGCUCCACUCAGCAAAGGAGUUAUUUCUGGCCACACAGUGCGCUGCCCGUGGCACGGCGCCUGUUUCAACGUCCAUACAGGAGAUCUGGAGGAGUACCCCGGCAUGGACUGUUUACCCUGCCACAAGGUCACAAUUCAAAACAACAAAGUGUAUGUGUCUGUAAACAAAAAGACUCUCAGGCAGGAGAAAAGAUUAAAGAGUAUGGGACUUUCAGUACCAGGAGUUACUCACACUGUGCUGCUGCUGGGAGGAGGAGCUGCAUCACUGAUCUGCGCUGAGACUCUGCGGCAGGAAAACUUUGGCGGCAGAAUCAUCAUGGUCACCAGAGACGACCUUUUACCUUACGACAAAACACGACUCAGCAAGGUUAUGAACGUGGAGAACGACAGUAUUCUUCUGAGGAGGAUGGAGUUCUUCCAUCAGUACGACAUCGAGGUGUGGCUCAGGAAAGAAGCCGUGUCAGUGGACACAGACAGGAAGACAGUCACAUUUGACGAUGGUUCAGUCCAGAGCUAUGACCAUCUCCUCAUCUCAACAGGCUGCAGAGCGAAGGGACUGGAUGUGCCCGGCAUGAAGUUGGACAACAUCAGGAAGUUGGAAACACCAGAGGACGCCCGGAAAAUCCACUCUGCCUGUCUGGGCUGCAGCGUCGUCCUCGUGGGAACUUCUUUUGUCGGUAUGGAAAUUGCAUCUUAUUUGAUAGACAAAGCCUCCAGUAUCUCGGUGGUCGGCAGCAGUGAGCUGCCGUACCAGAACACACUGGGUCGUGAAAUUGGCAAAGUCACCAUGAAGAUGCUGUCAGAAAAAAAAGUAAAGUUCUACAUGAAUGAUAAUGUGACGGAGGUCAGAGGUGUGGAUGGCAAGGUGAAGGAGGUUGUGCUUAAAAGUGGAGAAGUUAUCCCAGCAAAUGUUUUGAUUGUUGGUAUUGGUGUCAAAGCGAACUCGGAGUUCCUUCGAGGCAGCAAAAUAGAGACGGACUCAAAAAACUUUGUAAUAGUGGACAAGUAUAUGCGCACCAAUGUCCCCACUGUGUACUGUGGGGGAGACGUGGCCACCUUCCCUCUGGCGAUGGCCAAAAACCGCCUGGUCAACAUUGGACACUGGCAGAUAGCACAAGCACAUGGGAGGAUAGCAGCUCUGAACAUGUUGGAUAAACCAACUGAACUCAGCUCAGUUCCUUUCUACUGGACCGUCCUACUGGGUGAAACCAUCCGAUAUACAGGUUAUGGGGAGGGAUACACUGACAUUGUAAUAAAAGGAAAGAUUGAGGACAGGAAGUUUCUGGCAUUGUACAUCAAGAAUGAUGAGGUCAUAGCAGCAGCGAGCCUGAGCUACGACCCAGCAGUGUCCGCAGUAGCCGAGAGGUUCGUAGCAGGGAAAGUCAUCACGAGGAAAGAGGCUGAAUCAGAUGAACUGAGCUGGCUGAAGGUGUCCCGACCUACACUUUCCUCCACUCUUCCGCUCAACACGUCAUCUGUGCAAUGUUAACAUGCAGCCAACUGUCUCUUCGUCACCACCGCUCUCACCGAAGACAAAGACAAUCUUACAGUGAAGUUCAUAUUUACAGUGUUGAAGUAUUGGAUUUAAACUGUAAACGUCAUACACUCAGUGUUCAGGUGAGGGGGACUCCACCAUGCAAACAACAGAUACCUCAGAUGGAUGCCGCUUUUGGGACUUCUUUUGUAAUCUUAAUAUUUUUUUUAAUGAUUUACAUUUUAUUUUACAUUUUAUUUCAUGGCCUUAUGUCUGCACAGGUUUUUCAGUGACAUCACAUUUAAAAUGUCUCAGUAUGUUCUCCGCUGUUAAUCUUUAAAAUAACUUGUAUUGGGCUGCUGGAAAAACACAAGUGGCCUUAAUGCCCACUGCGGUAAUGUACGUGGUCCGGUCAGUGAGUCGGAGGGGGGAUUAUGUGCUCAGCUCUUUGAAGCAGAGAUGCUGAAAUAGGCAACGGUAACAAAACACACCAACAGGCAACAAUAGGCCUUUCGACAAACAGCCCAUAAAUGCAGUGUGACAAAACCUUCACAAAAGAAAUGCUGCGUUUUUUCCUCUCUUUCCCCCUCUGUCUUUCUGCUGGUGUAUCACUGUCUUUACUUCACCCCUCCACAUUUACUUUUAGCUUCACUCUCCCUUCCUGUCAACAGCUCGCCUCAGUCCACUGUGUCCAGGGUUCAAGUGGUGCAGAUAUUUCACGGCCCACGGUUUAUAUGUUGUACUAUGUUGUAUGUAUUUAGAUCAUGAUCAGAAUAUCGGUAUACCUUGUGAUGUAAAACAUUUUUCUGGAUAAUCAAUUGAGAAAUUGUUAAUGGAAAAAAUAACCAGACAGGAAACUAUUUUCUUUUUAGCUAAUAGAGCAAAUUCAAUACCUGACAAAUCAAGGUUCUUCAACACAUUUAUGCGGAAAAUUAUAUUUAAAAAAAACAAUAUAUAUAUAGGUCUACAUAAUAAUUUAUUUUGCCACUGGUAUAUAUCGUCAUACAUGUUGCUUUCCAUUCUUGAAGCUAAUACUAAAAUAAUUUCCAUCGUUCUGCUCAUCUCACUGAUGAAACAUAUGUUCUCCUUAGGAUUUUAAGUAAAACAUGUUCUCUGCAGCUUUGUUAGCAAUGCAAAGUGAGCCCUGAUGCCCAGGUAAAAAUAACAGGAAUGUAUUUGUCAUUUAAACUUUUUUGUCUUGUGUGUUUCACUUUGUUCAUGCAUAAAAAUAUCUCAGGCACAA